AUGGAGAAUCUCCGCUACAUGCUACUCAAGCACGAUCCUUUGAAACCUGUUUACUUUGGCUGUCGUUUCCACGGUUUCAUGAGUGGAGGAGCAGGAUAUGUGCUGAGCCGUGAAGCGGUGACGAGACUAGUGGAGAAGGCAUUGCCGAAUCCCAAGUCCUGUCCUCUUCGCGGGGAAGCUGAAGAUGUGUCCAUCGGUGAGUGCCUGGCGGCAGUGGGAGUGGAAGCGGGCGAUUCCCGAGACGAGUUGGGUCGCUGGCGUUUCUUCCCUUUCACUCCAGAGACG